AAUUUCUGUGACAAGGGACACAUAAUGUAUUGGAAAGCGAAACAUAAAAUGUUAGCUGUACAAACUUAAAAAUCAGCAUGCUUCAGUGUGUACGUUUUCUUUUCUAUUUAAAUGUUUUCUGCAAAAUCUCUAAUGCUCAGGUCUCACAAAUGUAUGUAGGAAAAGUGGAGAAUCUGAACAAGGUAGCUAAAAACGUUCCUCUCGAAGAGCACAGCUCGCCCUCUCUGUGCCACUGUACUGCUCUGUGUAGCAGUAUUUGCGGAUGUACUUGCUUGGGAUUUAACGGUCAGACUAAAAAAUGUCGCCUUCUGAAGUCAUGUGACACAGUGGACAUGACAGUUACUGAAUAUUUUUGGAGAUACCACAUUCUUACGCUACAAGAUCUACCUGGUGAUUGUAAAACCCUUUACGAUAGAGGAUAUAGAGCGUCAGCUGUGUACACUAUAUAUCCCUGGGAGAGAGCUAGUCCUGUUUGUCGUUCUAUCAAGGUCUUCUGUGACAUGGAAACCAAUGGAGGGGGGUGGACUGCAAUACAAUUUCGAAAAACAGGAUCGGUUAACUUUACCCGGAAUUGGGCUGAUUACAAAGAUGGGUUCGGUAAUCCAGAAAGAGAUCAUUGGAUUGGAAAUGACGCAAUUUACCAACUAACAAAAGAUCGUCCAUCACUGUAUGUUUCACUCACACGAAAUAAUGUAAAUACAAAAUACGAGCUUUAUAACCAGUUCUCUGUGUCGGAUGAAAACGACAACUAUAGACUCUUCCUUGCUGGACCAGCAACAGGGACACUAGGUGACAAUAUGUUAAAUACAGAUCGGGUAAUCGCCGGAAUGGGAUUCACUACCUUAGACCGAGAUAAUGACAACAAAGGCGGCGGAUAUAACUGUGCUGUAGCUAUGGCCGGGGGCUGGUGGUUCAAUGCUUGUCAUCGUGCCUUCCUUAAUGGCCCCUGGGCCUCGGAGAAUUGGCGGGAACCCUGGUCACCGGGUCUAAUGAAUGGAAUGGAUAUCAUUGAAACUAAAAUGAUGAUAAAACCUCGUUAAGUACACUAAGCUUUCUUUAGUCUUUUUAAUUUAAAUCUUUGUGAAUUUACCAAAAAUGUCUUUGAAAGAAUGUAAUUUGCAUUAAGAUUACAAGUAUCUAUUUGAACACAUUCUUUACAUUAGUACUUACCUUACGAUGUUUACCAAUCUAAUUAAAAUUAGAUGUUCCGAAUCCGCUACCGCUUCUCAAACAUCUAACAACAUCCCAUUAGGGGUCACGUCAGAGCGAUCUUUCGGAACAUCUAAUUUUAAUUAGAUUGGAUGUUUACGGCUUUUAAUUUUUCAUUUUAAUUAUGUGUGGAAAAAGGUUUUUAAAUGUAUUUAAGGAAAUACGUCUUUAUUUCUGCUGCAUUGCUGAUACUUAAAUUUUUUAAUAGAUCUUUUUUUUGUCAAUAUUGAGCAUUGACACGGACAUUUCUUCAACUUGUUAAUUUUUUGCCUAGCAAUUAACCCUUACUCAAAUAUUUGAUAUAGACCUUUCUUCUCAGAUCAAGCGAUUAAUUAAGUAGUCUAGUCACCUGAUAGUUGCUUUUUAGGCAUCAUUACAAUGUUGAUCAGUCCGUGGAUAAAUACACUAAUAAUUAUUUGCAUCUAAUU